UCCCAACUCUUUUCAUCAUUUCGUCAAUUAAUCUCUCCCUAAAAUUAAACUAAAUAUCCAAUUUCGUUUAUCUCCGCAAAACCAAAUCUUCUUGUCUUUUUUCCUCAUCUGACACAGAGGAUGCCACAAGUGGAUCUCGAAACAUUAGUUUCAGCCUGCGCCGGCGUUUCUUGCGACAGCAAAGUCGCCUGUGAAACCCUAGCCACCACCACAACCACCGCCGACAAUCUCAACAGCAAAGAAAUUGAUCAACCAGAAGUCCCGCCGGAUUUUCCGCCUGAGUCAUUUUGGCUGUCGAAAGAUGCAGAGCUGGACUGGUUCGAUCGCAACGCGUUUAUCGAUCGUAAAGAUUCAACGAAGGGAAAUUCUCAUUCCACGAACUUGAAUCAAAGCGUAAACCCUAACUCAACUUCGAAUUCACAGAGAUUCUCUAAUUUGAAAUCAAAAGCGUCAAUUUUCGGUCUGCCGAAGCCGCAAAACUCUUGUUUUAUCGACGCACGGCGUCACUGUAAACCAGGAAAUACUCGAUUGUUUCCUAAGCGGUCCGGUUCCGCCGGUAAAUCUGGUUCUUCGGUGAUCGAACCGACUUCGCCGAAGGUUUCUUGCAUGGGAAGAGUAAGAUCAAAGAGAGAUCGGAACCGUAGAUUAAAACAUAGACAACGAUCUGGACGGUUAAAUGAUUCAGCAGCUACUCAUAAAAGAGAUAAACCAGACAGAAAACAAAGAAACGGUUUCUUGGCAAAUUUCCGGGCAAUUUUCAGUUCUACAAAGAAAAAUACAAAAGAACCGUGGCUAAAAGGUAAAGAUUCGUCGCUAAAACAUAAAAGUCCAAAAACGACGACGGUUAAAAUUAGUGAUAUCAGAGAUCGGUUACCGGCGAAAGACAGAGAUGGAUCUGAACCCGUUACGGCUAAUUCAGGUGGCGGUGCUGAGCCGGUUGGUUUGGGAGGGAUGAAGCGGUUUACGUCUGGUAGGAAAUCGGAGUCAUGGAUUGAAUGACGUGGCCUGAUCAGAGCGGUUAGAUGGGGAGUUUCCGAUUUCGUGUGGCGGGGGAGAAUAGUGUGGGGGCCAGCUAAUAGAAGAGACAAUUAUUUGGUUGCGUUCUUGUUGGGUAAUUCGUAAGGUGGGUCCGGGUUUGUUUCAAAAGGUCGUUGAAAUGACGUGGCAACGUUGAAUUAACGGUCUGCUAUUUAGCGCGGUAAACACAGUUAUUAUCCCUUGUUUUUAACUUUGCGUAUGUUAUCUUGUUUUGCUAUUUUGGGUGUAUGAUUGUAGAUUUUGUUGUUUUUGGAAGCUAUUCGGUUAGGGUUUGUAAAUAUAUGAGUGUAAAAAAUUUGAUGCUAGUUUGCAUAAUAAAAGUAAAAAAUAGAAUAGAACUGUUUUUUGAGA